GGGAGUCUGACGCAAAUGGGCCAUUUUGAACUUUUCAAGCAUCGGAUAAGGGGUAGCGAAAGUGAGCAUUUUGAUUAUUGUUUAGCUAAAAUAGCUCACAAAAUUGAUCUAUAGUAUAUUUUCAUUAUGAGCGGAGAAGACGUUAACCCAUUCGCAGACCCAAACGAUGUUAAUCCAUUUGCGGCUCCUACUGUUGUCAGUAGUAAUAAUCAAUCAGCACAUUUAGACGAAUAUAACCCUUUCGAACAGCAGCCAGCCACCACAACAGCACAAACACCAGUUUUUGUACCACAGCAAACAUACGCGGCUGCUACACCUGCGACAAUAGAACCAACUAAGGCAGAGCCACCUCCAUCCUACUCUAGUGGAUAUAGAUUACAAGAUGAUACCAUGCGAAUGCGACAAGAAGAGUUGGAAAGAAAAGCAGCUGAGCUAGAAAAGAAGGAACAGGAGCUAAAAAAAAUACAGGGGCAAGUUAAAGUUGUAAACAAUUUUCCACCACUACCAAAGUUUUGCUGUGUGCAGCCAUGUUUUUACCAUGAUAUUAAUACGGAAAUUCCAAUUGAAUCACAGAGGACAUGCAGAUUGUUCUAUUAUGUGUGGCAACUGUAUGUAUUUUCACUGUGUUUCAAUUUCAUCUGUGGAUUUUCUGCUGUUAUUGCUGGUGUGAACAAUGGUGCCACCUUACUUGGUGUUUCAAUAUUAUAUCUAGUACUCUUUUUACCUUGCUCAUUCGUAUUAUGGUACAGACCAAUAUACAAGGCACUAAAGUCUGACAGCUCAUUUAAUUAUAUGCUGUUCUUUUUCGUAUUUUUCUUCCAAAUAUUGUUUACAUUUCUAUACUCAUUUGGCAUCACACAGUUUGGAACAGCUGGAUGGAUUAAUAGUGCUUCUGCAUUAGAGAAAAGCAAAGCAGUUGGUGCAAUGUUUUUAAUAUGUGGCGCAUUAUUCUUGUUACUUGGUAUUUGCAAAGUGUUGUUGUUACGAAAGGUCCAUGCUGCUUACCGCAGAAGUGGUGCAAGUCUUGAAAAAGCACAGAGCGAAUUUGCUACUAGUGUUGCAUCAAAUAAAGCAGUGCAAAAUGCUGCGAAAGACGCUGUAGUAUCUGGUGUUACUAGUGGAACACGAUAUAGUUAAAAAAGACAAUUCUAAAUACAUAUAGACACAAUCUUUUUUUAAAAAUGCAUAUUUCCUACGAAAGGCAAACAAAACAAAUUAUAGAUUGUUGUAUACUUUUAUACAUGUAACCAUGGCUUAGAAUUUUGAUGCUGUGGAAAUUUUGAUGAUGUCUAUUCUUGGCAGUCUUUGGUUGCAAAACUUGUUUAAGUAAAUUAUUCUUUUUUUUUUAAAGGGCUGUUUACAAUCUAACAUUACCUGCAUUUUAAUGUGAAGUAUGAUUUGCUCUGCUAUUAUGUUUUUUUAUCAAAAUAGGGCUUUCACUUCUCAUGCCAUAAUGACCUCAAUGUCUUUUAUGAAUAAAAUUCUUUUAGUAGACGUUCUUUGAAAAAAAAACAGGUUUAAACAACCCUUGAGUAAUGUGUCUUGAUUAGUAGCAAUGUUAUUUUUUUUUUAAGUACAUGUAUCAUUUAAAUAUUGUAAUCCUGUUUUAUAAUGUUGUUCUAUUUUGUGUUUUUAUAGAAUGUUUAUCAUUUUAUUUUCUGCUCUAAUGAUAUGUAUAAAAACCAUUCUUGUUUCUUGGAAUAAUGUAGUUUUUCUUGCUUCUUGUUUAUUAUAUAUUUACGUUUGUGUAAAUUUUAAAAGUAAACAUAAAUCAAGAUUAGUGGUAUUGCCAUAUAACAUAUAUACAUUGGGGAAAUAAUAAUGAAUGGUCAAAAAGUGACAA